UCACAUUGCAGUUCUAUUUCUACAUGAACCCCACUCACCAUUUGCGAACAAAGUCGCGCCAAUUCGAGUUCAAAUCUGUGAACUGUAAUUCUGUCAACCGACAACCGUAACGGAUAUAUUCACCUCAGAGAACCAAACUAUGGAUUUGGUUAGGAGACCAUUGGGUCCGAUCUGCUGCACUGUAUCAUCCAAUACAAGAAGGGGGACAAGGCCUGGUGGAUAUUAAGAUGUGGAGAAUUGGGAAGAUGAUGAUCACUGUUGGCUGACAUUUAAAACUUCAGUUUUUGCCAGGUUUUUUCAACAAAAUGGAGGGAUUUUCUUGCCCAGUUCCCUCUCUGUGAUGUUCUCCCCUCCCCUCCACACUGCACUCAUUCAUUCAAAUACUGAGCCGCCUACUGGAUCGUGUUUACUUCUCUGAAGAGCUUCUGGAGCAAAUACUAUUACAGGAACCAGUCGCAGUGAACACACAGCAGCUGAUUUAUUAUCUCAUGCAAAUCUGCUGCAAGUGCUGAACUUUCAACACUGUGUGUGUGUGUGUGUGUGUGUGUGUGUGUUUAGGAGGAGAAUCUCACACACACGUCCAGCUGCUGUAGCAGUGAAAUCAGACUUUCAGCUCCAUCAGCCUCAGUUUUAUUUACACCUGCACCAUGAGGAAAGGCUCCUGUUGCAUGUUCACGUCUGGAAUCCUCGGCGCUCUUCUCCUGGUAACGGGAGUCACCCUGUUUGUGUCCGGAGUUUUCCAGACCUUGAUCCACAACAAGCUGAAGAGAGAGAUCACGCUGACAGAAGGCAGUAAAGUUUUUGCCACAUGGAAGAAUCCGACGCCUCCAGUCUUCAUGGAGUUCUUCUUCUUCAACGUCACCAACCCUGAAGCCUUCCUGAAAGGAGAAGCCAAACCUCACCUUACUGAGAUGGGGCCAUACACAUACAGAGAGUACCGGCCCAAACACAACGUGUCGUUUGUGGACAAAGGGACGAAGGUUGCCGCUUAUACGCCCAAGAUUUUCGUCUUUGUGCGUGAGAAGUCAGUCGGAGACCCGAGCGUGGAUACGGUGACGACGGUGAACAUCCCGGCGAUGGCCGUGAUGGAUCGGCUCAAAGGUGCGGGAUUCUGGGUUGCCUCCGGCAUUUCCAUCUACAUGGGCUCCAUUGGCACCACCAUGUUCAUGACGCGCACGGUGGACGAGCUGCUCUGGGGCUUCAAGGACCCGCUGCUCACUCGCCUGAAAACCAUAAAGCCAGACACGGAUGAAUACUUCGGCCUCAUGUAUAACAAAAACGGCAGCAAUGAUGGUGAGUUUGUGUAUCACACCGGAGAGCAGAACUACCUGGACUUCGGCCGCAUCUACACCUGGAAGGGAGAAAAGAUGCUGUCGUUCUGGAAAACCAACCAGAGUAACAUGAUCAACGGCACCGACGGCAGUGCCUUUCACCCAUUCCUGACCAAAGAAGAGCGACUGAAUGUCUUCACCCCUGAUCUCUGCAGGUCCAUCUACAUGCGCUUUGAGAAGGAGGUGGAGGUGAAGGGAAUCCCCGCGUACCGCUUCACACCUCCCCGGGACGUGCUAGCCAGCGGGAAGAACAACCCAGAAAAUGAGGGAUUCUGUGUCACAAAGAAAUGCCUGGAUGACGGUGUGCUGGACGUGUCUGUGUGUCGCAAAGGUGCUCCUGUAGUCGUAUCUUUCCCUCACUUUCAUCUGGGCGAUAAGAAGUAUGCCAAUGCCAUCGACGGUAUUUCUCCAGUCCACGAGCAUCAUCAAACCUUUCUGGAUCUAAACCCUACUAUGGGAAUGCCUGUUCGUGCCAUGAAAAGAACCCAGAUCAACAUCCAUCUUGACAGAGUAACCGGCUUUCCUUUGACAAGGAAUCUCAACAGCACGAUCUUCCCCAUUGUGUUCCUGAAUGAGUCGAUGGUGAUUGACGACGCUUCGGCCGCAAGGAUUCACAAGCUGCUGCUGAUCGUGACUCUAGUCUCUCAUUUCCCUCUCAUCCUCAUCAUUCUGGGAUUCAUCCUGCUCUCCAUCACCAUCAUCCUCGCCUAUUGCUUCUAUAAAAACAAGACGCUGGAACACACUGUCCCACCAACACUGGAACUGGAUCCCUCUAGAUCCGUUUUACCACAAUGAUGAUUGUAGAGGAGAGUGAGACAAACUUUCGCUUGGCUCCGAAGCGAAAGCUUAAUUCAUAAGCAAAGAAAGACACAUCAUCCCCUCCUGUGAGCAGCAAAGCCGACGAUCACAAUCAAGAGAUAAAUGAUUUUUAAUUUAGUGAGAGUGUGUGUGUGUGUGAGUACUUGUUUAUCUAUCUAACGGGACCACGGUGCCAUUACACAUUUAUACCAACAAAGCCAAGUUUUAUGGGUUAAAUCAAGCAGAAAUAUCUCUUUAAGGUAAUGUCAAGAGAAAUGGAGUGUUCUCUUCCAAACAAUUUGAUAAAGAUUUACAUGAUAAGAAAAGGGAAAAUGUGCUUCAAAAGUGAAUAUAAAAAUUGGGCUCUUAGAGCUCUUGAGUGUGUGUAGAAGAUCUGUUGAAUAUAGAAAGAGUUUACAAGCAAGCAGCAAGCAGAAGCCAGCUCCAGACCACAACCCUCAGAACAUCAAAGAACACACAUGAUUUUUUACAGAAGAACAUAUAUUGAGUAGAGAAGAUGGUAAGCUUUAAAAUAUAAUUGUUUAUUCUGGCCCAUGGAACUUCCAGCUUAGCUGCUAUAGAGUGGUGUAUCUAGCUUUUGCCUUUGCAAGAAAUAAUAAAAUGAGAAUGAGGACUGCCCUCAAACACUGA